UCGGCCGGUUCAGCGUCUAGUCCUCGCAAGUCUCGUUCCGCACGUAUUUUUUUCUCUGACUCGUGGUGUGAGUGCACAAAUUAGCCCUGUUUCUGCAAAAAGAGUUUUUGAACUCUCCUGACAAGAAGAUUCUCGUUUUCCGUAAGACUAGCGUUAAAAACCCGUCUUAUAAGUUAUCGAUUUUUUUACUUCCGGUGAAAUUUACCAACGGAGUUUUCAGUGAAUUUUAGCAGUACCUAACUGUGAAGGGUGAAAAAAAGAUGGCAGCCGUCAGUUUCGAUGAAAAAGUACUCGCCGCAAAAUCGAUCAUUUGCGACAUUGAAGGUACUACAUCCUCAGUAGGUUUUGUAAAGGAAGUUCUGUUCCCCUACGCAUUGAAAAAUGUUGAGGAGUACCUAAAAGCUCACUGGAAUGAUGAUGCGACCAAAACUGUGGUGGCUGCACUGCGCGAACAAGCAGAAGAGGACAAGAAAGCCGAGGUCGAAGGUGUUGUACCAAUUCCCGCUGGGGAUUCUGAAGAUGUCAUUCCCGAUAUUGUCAAGAACGUAGAAUGGCAAAUGUCUCUCGAUCGCAAAACUGGCUCGUUAAAAACUCUACAGGGUCUAGUUUGGGCCGAAGGCUACAAAGAUGGUUCCAUCAAGGGACACGUAUACGAAGACGUUUCGAAAGCAUUCGAACAGUGGACGCAAGCUGGACGCAAAAUCUACAUUUACUCCAGUGGGAGUAUCGACGCGCAAAAGUUGCUCUUCGAGCACAGUGAACAGGGCGAUCUGGUAAAGUAUUUGGCCGGUCACUACGACACCAAAAUCGGCGCCAAGCAGGAAAAGGACAGCUACGAAGCUAUUCUGAAGAACAUCGAGGUCAGUGGCGAAGAGGCUCUUUUCCUAACUGACGUCAUUGCCGAGGCCAAGGCUGCCAAGGAAGCUGGUCUAAAUGUGGUGCUUCUGGAUAGACCCGGCAAUGCCGAGUUGUCCGAGGAUGACCGCAAGGAAUUCACCGUAAUCUCGUCGUUCUCCGACAUCCCAAUUGAGGCUGUCGAGGAAGCGACCAACGGCGCUACCAAGCGUAAAAUUGAUGAAACUGCCCAAGACGACGAAGCUCAGCCGCAACCACCAUCUAAGGUCGUCAAAGUAAAUGGAGAUGCCGCUGACCAGGCUGAAAUUGAAACACCGAAGAGCCCGGUUGCUGCGGCCAAGAAUGGUGCUAAUCAUGCGAAUGGCGAACAACCGCUCGUCGAGCAGAUGGACGUUGAUGCUGAGAUGACCGACGUCAGUGCCAAGGAAACCAAACCAACUAAAACAGAUGUAACCGAAAAGACUGAGACUAGUGCGGUGGAAAUUGAAGUUCCUCCGAAGGAGAAAAACGAUGUGGACAUCAGUAAGACUGAUGAACAAAAGGAGGAGAUUGCCAAGCAAGAAGAAAUCGCUGUGAGCGCAACUAAACAGGAAAAAGCAGUUGAGAACAAACCAGAGGAAGACAAGGUCGACAAAGUGGAAAAUGAAAGCGGUACCGAAACUGCUCCGCCGCCUAAAAAGACAAAAUUGGACUCGGAAGAGAUGGAAGUUGACGAGGCAAAGACUGGCCAAAACGAAAUUGAUUCCAAAACCAAGGAAAAAGCUGAUAAAACAGAAGACAAGAAAGAAGAGACCAAAGCCGAACCGGUUAGUACUUCUGUGGAGUCCGAAAAACAAGAGGUUGUACAAACUGAAUCAACCGUGGCUAAGACUGAAACAGUAGAUGAAACUGAAACAAAAGUGAUCGAAAAAUCUUCAGAUAACACUUCCGAGAAAUCUGAAGAGCCUGUCGCUGCAGCACCAGCCGAGCAAACGCCAACAGCUAAGCUGGAUGCAAAUGUUGAAGAGACGAAAACAGAAGCAACAGCCCCUGAAACUGUUGAAACUAGUGUGGAAGCUACGCCGGUAGAAAAGAAGGAAGAUAAGGUAGCUGAAACCAAUGUUACUGAACCAAUGGAAACUGAAUUGACUGAAGAAGAGAAAAUGGGUGGGGAGACCACCGUUGAUGUGUCCACCAAGAAUGAUUCAAAUCCGGCUUCCGAGCCGACAGCCAGCGAAAAAAUGGCGACUGAACCUUCAAAGACAGAACAGGCUAAAUCGAUUGAUGAUCCGAAGGAAAAAGCAAUCGAAGAGAAGGAAACAGUAUCGGAAUCCAAUACUGCAGAAGCACUAGUGAAAACAACCCCGGACGAACCGGCGGUAGAGAAAACGAAAUCGGAAGUGGACACAACAAAGUCGGCCACUCUUACUGAGAAUCAAGCAACAAAGGAAAAAGCAGAGGAGACCAAUGCACCCAGUACAACCGAGACCACGGUCUCAGAAGAGAAAGGAGUUGAAAUGGCCACGACAGAGCCGGUUGAAGAAGUAGCCGUUGAAGCCAAGGAAGAGACAAUGGAAACUGCUGACUCGUCCACGCCAGUUCCUGCUGCAGAUACGAAACCAGAAUCGAAAGCUGAAAAGGAAGCAACCACAACAGUUACUGCUGAAGAGAUGGAAACUGAUUCCGUUAAAGUAGAAGAAUCAAAACCCACGGCUAUUGUCGAGGAAAAGAAAAAAGUCGACUCUGAAGCAGCAGUAUCAACCACAGUCACCGAAAAGACCGAAAAUGGUACUCAUCAAAAUGGAACGGCUGAGCCAACGAAUGGCAAAGAAGAACCAAGAGUGCCGGAAAAUGGCGAAGCGGAACCAAAGAUAACCGCCAACGGAGGCACAAAUGGAACACACGACGAGGAGAAAAGUGACAGUGACAAGGAAAACGACACAUCGUCAACCAAUGUGGAGGAAACCACCGAAGCAGCGGCAACCAACGGCAAUGAAACUGAGAGCUCAAGCACCGCAACCGCAACUAGCACCUCCACAGCUUCCUCCACAGCUUCCUCCACAACUGAUCUAGUGACCGAGAUCAAGUCCAAAAAAGUGAUCGACGUUGGUGCCAGCACUCCAACGCCACCGAUCGAGGCGGAAUCGUAAAUCGGCCCUAUACGUUACUAAAAUAACCCCGUUGAUAAGUAGGUAAAAAGAGCUGUAGAGAGAGAUUAAGAAUGCGAUUCAACACUUUUAAAGAGCAAGGACAACACGAAGGAUAUAUUACGCCCUUUUGUGUGCUUAUGAAAAAGUGAAUAUUAAUUAAUUACAUUUUUAUAUAAAUAUUUAUACUACCGAAGGACAGACAAGGAUUGAAUCCUCUUUACAAAACUGUUUUAAAAAUUUGUUCCCGCUUUUUGUUCACAUGCCUGCAUUGUUACAAACAAGAAAUACGAAGCAAGUAUUAUACAAAAACUGCCAAAACUAUCGAAAAAACAACAAUCAUCGUAGAAUAGGCAGAACGCAGUAUCAUCCAUUCUUUCUUGAUCAAAAGCAUAAAAUUUCAAAGUGACUCGUCGUCUUAAGCUAGCCGCAAAUCAAAAAACAGAAACGUAGCUCGCAGAAGUUUUAUUUUGUAAUUUGUCUUAGAAUUAAACCGUAAGAUUUACAGAUACAACUGCAAAUAUCUUGCUUUUUUCAAUUAUAUUAAGAACCAUCUACUCCACUUUUUUGAACUAUGAAAAGCCAUUCGCGCUCUUUUUUUUCUCUCCCUUUCUUGGAUGGAAAAGGCAUAGUAUUUCUGCUGCAUUUAUAACAUACACACAUGUCUUCCUGCUACCAAAAAGAAAAACGAAGGCACAAGGCGAUGGCACAACAAGACUAACUUGCAAUCAUAGUUCCUGAAAUUAUUUUUUAAAACUAACUGAAUAUCAAAUAUCGCCUCAUGGGAAGAGAGAGGGAGAGAAAAAAGGGAACACGGAGAGGCCAUCGGAAGAAUGGUCUUCUAUUCAACAGACUGCCAAUGAAUCAUCACAGCCACUAUCACAUUCAGUCAGUCAGGAACAUUCCGCAUGCUGCAAAGCCAGUGACAGUUACUUGUUUCGGAAUACCGAGGGAACAGUAUUACUGACUAUUGUUUUGUUUUUCUUUCUAUGUUUCGCAGCGACAAAUACAGCGUAACGGUGUACACUAUAAUCAUAUUAGAAAUUUUACUUCUCCGUUCUCGUCUGUCCGCUGCUAAGUUAUAUUGUAUAUUAAAAACGUAAAAAACAGGAGAUGAAUCGUAUGUAAAAUCACAAUUACUGUGUCAAUAUUGAUAUCAAACAUGAAAUGUGGAAAACUAGCGUGUCACUUUUUGAAUGUUUUCCAUCCUGAAGUAUUUAAGGGAUAACGUAAGCCAACUUCGUUCGAAGUACGUAAAUUAAACUAAUAUAACAAAUGAUUCAAAUGAAACCGAUGAAACAAAAAACACUUAUAAAGAUGGAAAUAAACUAAUCAGUAAUAUUUUAAGACCG